CAAGUGCCUGGCCCAGUAGGAAGGGUGGGGACCCGGAUGUCGGUGUUGGAGGCCUGUAGCCGAUCGGCGGCGAGGGUCUGGCAGGCCCAUGGAGGAGGACGAGGCUGCUGGGGCUGGCUCACUUGGACAAGAUGGAUGACCUCAACCUGCACUACCGGUUCUUGAAUUGGCGACGGCGAAUAAGAGAGAUCCGAGAGGUUCGGGCUGUCCGCUACCAGGAGAGAUUCAAACACAUCUUGGUAGAGGGAGACACAUUGAGUUACCAUGGCAAUUCUGGUGAAGUUGGCUGCUAUGUGGCUCCCCGACCUCUGACAAAGGACAGCAAUUAUUUUGAGGUGUCGAUUGUGGACAGUGGGGUGCGGGGCACCAUUGCUGUGGGGCUGGUUCCUCAGUACUACAGCCUAGACCACCAGCCUGGCUGGCUGCCUGACUCAGUUGCCUACCAUGCUGAUGAUGGCAAGCUGUAUAGUGGCCGAGCCAAAGGCCGCCAGUUUGGGACGAAAUGUAGCUCUGGGGACCGGAUUGGCUGUGGCAUCGAGCCCGUCUCCUUUGAUGUGCAGACAGCUCAGAUCUUCUUUACUAAGAAUGGGAAGCGGGUGGGCUCUACCAUUAUGCCUGUGUCCCCGGAUGGGCUCUUCCCUGCUGUGGGCAUGCAUUCCCUGGGGGAAGAAGUGCGGCUACACCUGAAUGCUGAACUGGGCAGUGAAGAGGAUGAUAGUGUGAUGAUGGUGGACAGUUAUGAGGAUGAAUGGGGACGGUUACACGAUGUCAAAGUAUGUGGAACGCUGCUGGAGUAUGUGGGGAAGGGCAAGAGCAUCAUUGAUGUGGGGCUGGCCCAAGCCCGCCACCCGCUCAGCACACGAAGUCACUACUUUGAGGUGGAGAUUGUAGACCCUGGGGAAAAGUGCUACAUUGCCUUGGGGCUGGCAAGAAAGGAUUAUCCCAAGAAUAGGCAUCCUGGCUGGAGUAGAGGUUCCGUGGCAUAUCAUGCAGAUGAUGGAAAGAUCUUCCACGGCAGUGGUGUAGGGGACCCUUUUGGGCCGCGCUGUUAUAAAGGAGAUAUCAUGGGCUGUGGGAUCAUGUUUCCACGAGAUUAUAUUUUGGACAGUGAAGGAGACAGUGAUGACAGUUGUGACACGGUGAUCCUGUCUCCCACUCCUCGAGCUGUCCGAAAUGUAAUGUACCUACACCAGGAGGGGGAGGAAGAAGAGGAGGAGGAGGAGGAGGAAGAGGAGGAAGAAGAUGGGGAAGAGAUGGAGCAAGAGCAUGAGGGAAAAAAGGUGGUGGUGUUCUUCACUCGAAAUGGCAAGAUCAUCGGCAAGAAGGAUGCCCUUGUGCCCCCUGGAGGCUUCUUCCCCACUAUUGGGAUGCUGAGUAGUGGCGAGAAGGUCAAAGUGGACCUGCACCCUCUGAGCGGCUAGGGCCCCCGCGGCGCCCCCUCUCUCCCUCCUUCCAGGACCGUACACCCAGUUCGUGGCCUCUCCUCCCCGCCCUCUUCCUUCCCCUGGCCCCUGCCUCCUCCUCCCGGUUUGAGGAGGGCUUUAGUCUGUCUCUGGCCCCUGCUUGGUUGAGCACCAGGCGGAGCCUGCCGGGCCAGGCGGUUCUCCAGCGUCAGCCUCUCUGGUCCUGGUGUCCCCUUCCUCACCAUUCCUUGGGGCUGAGGCCCCAAUAUGACAGGGAUGUACCAACCAUGCUGCCCUGGGGGUUUUUGCCAGUGGCUCUGAGGCCCUCUCCCUUCCCAGGCCCCUGGCUCCUGGGUCAAAGCAGGCGAGACCUGGUCGCCGGCCUAAUCGGGCCAGGUUUGUGCCUCGGUGUAAAGCUACAAUAUCCUUCCCUUGACCCAAGGGCUGGACACUGCACAGAGCAUCCAGCAGUUUUUAAAAUGCCAGCUUUGCCUAAACCUGGGGCAGUUCUCCAAGGUGGGACUGGAGAACCGGACCACGCCAGUUGGUCUUGCUCAAAGAUCUCUGCUUCCUUCCAUCUCUUUGUCUACUGAAUGUCUGUGAUAUUUGCUGCUUUGGUCUGUCCCUCUUCCCGCCCCUGCUGGCAGGGCUUGGGGUGAGGCUCUUUGCUUGUACUGACUCUUGCCCCAAGUAGUCUAGGGACGCCCUCUUGUUGUACCAUUGACCCACGGAGAAACCUCCCCAAACAACUUGGUGCCAAGUGCUGGGGAAGACGCGGCUCCUUUGGCUCACUCCGGAGCUGCUUCCUGGUGCCAGCCCCAGGACAGGUGUGGGGGAGCGCAGUGACCCCAGAGUCCUUGCUCUAGGCCCUCCCUUCCUUCCCCUGUAUCCCCCUCCCACUUUUCCUCUCGGGGGAGUGGGAUGUCUGCUUGCUGCUUGUUCACGUUGCCCGGUUUGCGUCAGUGUUUGAUUCCGACUCUUAUGCUCUCUCCCCUACUCCCACUCUGGGCUCUCCCCUUCCCCUUCCUCCCCUCCGUGACAGGAGACAGGAGCUCCUUGCCCUGGUUGGCACAGAAGGAAUGGGGCCUCUAGGGGAAAGGAGGGGCUGAGCUGCUGUGCUGCUGGGGGACCUAGACCUCUGGCCUCCCUCCACCCCCCAUCUUCCCUGCACUAUGAUGUAUGAAAUGUAUGUACAGACCAGAGAUGUUUAUACAGCCAAUAAAGAUGGAGUUUCCAUAUUUAUCAGUA